AUGAAGAAGCUCUUCUUUUUCAGAUCUGCGUCUAGCAGUGGAAACAACAAUCCAGCUCCAUCGCCAUCAAAGGGUAAGCAGCCUUACUGGGAGAAUCCAUCAAAUAACGGAGUGAAUGCUCAAGCUACCAACAAAGCUGAGAAUAGUUUCAGAAGUCCCAGAGGCUUAUCCAAAAAUAGAAAACAAGUAUUUGAAAACCAGACCUCUGGUAACACCCCAUGUCUUAGAAGGAGCCUUUCAUUCUCCUCAGCAGUGUUACAUGAAGGUCUGCUAGGACAAGGUAAUUUGACUUGCUUUGAUCACAAUGGGUCUCCUUGUGGUGGCAACGAUAUUUCACACAAGCAGUCAGAUCAACGUUCAUCUCGUUGGCGUUCCCUUACUCCUGAGAGACAAUCUAGGCCAAAAUGCUAUGAGAAGGUUCUUGUCCAAAAUGGAUGUGUGGCAGAGAAGCCUGGUUCUUCUACAUCUUCUAGAGGUCACUGUGACUCCUCGGAGAGCUCUUCAUAUUGCUCUAGUAAUUUCUCAAAUCAAGUUGUGGACCGUUAUAUUGAUGGAGAACAAGAACAAGAAAGGCGUGAAGUGAAGAAUGUUCCUUCCCAGAGAGAUCACACUGGAAAUGGAAAUCGUGUAGGGAAGCGUCCCCCACGAGUUCAGUAUACAGCUCCUGCUUCACCAACUGAUAGCAUGAAAAACAAAUCCAACUUUCAUUCGUUUAGGGAAACUAAGGGAAAUCGAUUUCACCUUUCGUCUAGAGAUUGGGUUGAGAAUGGAUUUGGGCAUGAAUCACCUCGGAGACUUGCAAAGCAUGUCAUUGAGAGACUCUCUCAGUCCCGUGCUUUACCAAAAAUAAGUUCAAAGGAAUCUGAUCCUGACAUACCAAUCACGAUUGAAGAUAUCUAUACUGGAUCCAUGAAUAGAUGCUGUAGUUUAAGGGCAGAUGGGUUUUCACAUAACAGUUGUCCACUAGAUGGGCCUAAUGAAACCACCAGUGGGUAUCACCAUGAAGAACUCUCAGAUUUUGAGGAACACAACCAUUUAGCUCAUGAUAAUUAUGAAGUUGUGAACUCUAUUGAGGCUGAAGGGGUUCUAGAUGAGGAACUACUUAGAAAAUCCAAGGAAGCUGAGGAGCGGGUCUUGUUACUUUCAGAAGAGCUGGAGCAAGAGGACUUUCUUCAGGGCAUUGGUUUCAGUAUGCCAGCAUUGAUUCAAACCAUUAGAAACUUAUCUGGGGAGAGAUUAAGCAUGGCACUUGAGAUUUCAGCUGCUCAUAGGGCUCAGCUUGCUGAGAGGGCUUCUGCCAGAGAAGAACUCAGACUGGUCAGGGAAGAGUUAGAUUCACGUACCCGAAGACUAGAGAAGGAAAAGAAUGAGUUGCAGUCAGCAUUAGAGAAGGAGUUGGACAGAAGAUCAAGUGAUUGGUCCUUCAAGCUUGAGAAAUACCAGGCAGAAGAGCAUAGGCUUCGUGAGCGAGUAAGGGAGCUUGCAGAACAGAAUGUCUCACUCCAAAGGGAUGUGUCUUCUUUAAGUGAGAGGGAAAUAGAGAGCAGGAGCAGAGUCACCGGUACAGAGGUGCAACUCAAGGAACUAACAAUGAGAGUGGAGGAAGUAAGCAAUGAGAAUCAACAUCUUCGACAAAAUCUUUCCGAGUUACAGGAUAAGUGUAGAGCAGCAGAAGAAGAUAGAGAUUACAUCAAAAGAAAUUAUGAAGAGAAGGAAAAGAAAGCAAGGAUUUGCAUAUAUCUAUUACAAGGUUACUAA